AGUAGAGCUGUCGAUAAGAACAGAGAGUUCCUUCAUGGAAGGAAAAACAGUUCCUCUCGACAGUUUAUCCAAGAAAGAAAAAGAGAUUCUUUUUGAUAGACUUGAGAACAUGAUCACAGAAGAUAAACAGAGUGAUGCAGAAUUUGAUGAAAUGAUGGAGAGAUACAGACAGUUAAAGACUGAAGUGAUGAACAAAAAUGUUAGUGUGGAAGGAAGGAAAAUACUUCUUAGGAUAAUUGACAAGAAUUUUUCGAUAACAGUACUGCAAAAUGGAGAAAGAUUUAGGAAGACAAUGGAAAGGUUUCAUAAAGUGAAGCUUGAAAUAUUGGAGUUGUGUAAAGGAAGUGUUCUCUGUAAGGUGAGGUUCUACCAUAGGGACAGUCAGGUAGAGUUUGUGUCAGCCUGUAGAGAUGGAACCCUGUCGGCCAUCCUGACUGAGGAGUACAUCAGCCAGGAGUUGGUGGAGAUAUGUGGAGGGAUGCCACUCCAUGUGCACAUUGAGGUUGAUGAGGAAGACUUUCAGAGAGGAGCAGAUAUUUCGCAUGGUGAAACCCCUCCACAUAACCAUGGCCAGUCAACACACACUGUGGACCAGACAGCUGCACUCACAGCUGACAGUCAGCAGAUGGAGCUUCUGCAACAGGAUCCUACAACUGGCACCUCAAGUCCAGGAUUUGAUAAUCAAGAGACUACAGAUUUUGAAGAACCUGGUGAAACAGAUGUGCCACCGGAGAUCUCAGAACUGGUCUCACUGGACAUCAGGGAACUGGAACAACUGAUGGGAAAACCCAGGAAGAAAACGUUCUCAGUGAGCUCUCAGUCAUCUGGGUAUGGAACAGGCCCUUCUGGAUCAGCACCCAGCAGACCAUUCUCAUAUACAGGUGAGAUUGAUACCAAGGACACACUGGAAGUCAAAGGUCUCCUUGCUGAACUCAACACACCUGUGGUAAAGCAAGACAAGGCACAACAGUUUGACCUGUACUGUCAGAUAGGAGAUCUCUACAGGACGAAACUACACAACUCACACUCAGCUCUGCAGUAUUACCAGAACAUGUUAGAGUGUUCUCAGGAACUGUCAGAAGAUACAAAACAAGCCAAGGCCUACAACAGACUAGGUUUAACAUGUGAUAUCUUAGGUUUGCCACAGGAAGCCUUUAGAAAUCAUGAGAAAGCUCUGGCUAUCUAUAAGAUAGAAACCAAAAAUGAAACUGACAUUUGUGUAGCUUACAAAAACCUGGCCUCGUCAUUAGCACUGUCAGGUCAAGUGUCAGAUGCAAAAAUUAACUACGAAUCAGCCUUGGCUGUUGCCAUGGAGACAGGAAACAAGACCGAACAGAUGGACAUUUACUGUAAGCUGGGUGAUUUACACAGGGAACAGUUACAUGAACCACAGGAAUCACACAAGUACUACACAGAGAUGUUGGCACUAGCCAGGGACUUGGGAAGGAAGGAUUGGGAGAGUCUGGCUUACAACAGACUUGGGCGUGCCCGUUAUGACAUGGGGGAGCAUGAGGAAACUUUUGAAUGGGACAAAAGGGAUCUUAAGAUGAGCCAAGAAAGUGGAGACAAGACUGGACAGAUAACAGCACAUCAAAACAUAGCUGAUUCCUACAAGGCACUGGGUAAACUGGACCUGGCCAGAUCUCACUAUCAAUCAGCAAUGACCAUCGCCAUGGAGACAGGAAACAAGGCUGAACAGAUGGACAUUUACUGUAAGCUGGGUGACUUACACAGGGAACAGCUACAUGAACCACAGGAAUCACACAAGUACUACACAGAGAUGUUGGCACUAGCCAGGGACUUGGGGAGGAAGGAAGAGGAAGGGGAUGCUUACAACAGACUUGGACUGGCCCAUUAUGACAUGGGGGAGUAUGAGGAAAGUUUGGAGUGGCACAAGAAGGACCUGAAGAUGAGACAAGAAACUGGAGACAAGACUGAACAGAUAACAGCACAUCAAUGUGUAGCUGAUUCCUACAAGGCACUGGGUAAACUGGACCUGGCCAGAUCUCACUAUCAAUCAGCAAUGACCAUUGCCAUGGAGACAGGAAACAAGACUCAACAGAUGGACAUUUACUGUGGGCUGGGUGAUUUACACAGGGUACAGCUACAUGAACCACAGGAAUCACACAAGUACUACACAGAGAUGUUGGCACUAGCCAGGGACUUGGGGAGGAAGGAAGAGGAGAGUCUGGGUUACAACAAACUGGACCUGGCCAGAUCUCACUAUCAAUCAGCAAUGACCAUCGCCAUGGAGACAGGAAACAAGACUGAACAGAUGGACAUUUACUUGCAGCUGGGUGAUUUACACAGGGAACAGCUACAUGAACCACAGGAAUCACACAAGUACUACACAGAGAUGUUGGCACUAGCCAGGGACUUGGGGAGAAAGGAUAGGGAGAGUCAGGCUUACAACAGACUUGGACUGGCUCAUUAUGACAUGGGGGAGUAUGAGGAAAGUCUGGAGUGGCACAAGAAGGCCCUGAAGAUGAGGCAAGAAAGUGCAGACAAGACUGAACAGAUAACAGCACAUCAAAACAUAGCUGAUUCCUACAAGGCACUGGGUAAACUGGACCUGGCCAGAUCUCACUAUCAAUCAGCAACGACCAUCGCCAUGGAGACAGGAAACAAACAGAAACAGGAGGACAUUGCCAAGAAACUGGCUAAUCUGUAACAAAGCAGGACUGAU